GUCGCGUCGCGUCGCGUCGAGAGUUUACUGUGUAAUGUAGAUGGAGGAGGCGUUGGACCUGAAACUCUCACUCCUCGCCCCCUGACUGUCACCGACAAACAACGUGGGACGCUGGAAUUUGUUAUACCACACCGCAGAGACUUUUGCACUGCUUUUUUUAAUACGCCGCCGCGUCACAAGUAAAUCUCGCGUUUCGCGGAGCUGGAAAAUAUGUGUAAACUACUGACAGCGGUAAAAUAAACAUUGCACUAUCACCCGCGGUUGAUGUCAUGCACUGUUCAAGAGCCUUUGCCUUCUGUCACAUUCAGCGGACCCAAUAACAACCAAUAUGAAGGAGGCAGGUACAUAUAGAACGCUUUGUCUAUUCUAAAGGACUUUUGAACUUUUUGGAAUCAUUGUAAAGAUGGAAGAGGCAGACGCUGGGAACGGUACUGGGACGCAGGGCUGUGAACUGGAGCGUUCUGGAGAUGGAGAACUGGAUGAGGUGCAGAUGCAUCUCGCUUGUUUACCGGAGAGAUACAUGAGGGCGAAGUUUUCCCUCUCCGCGUACAUAUUUUGUUGGACGGUAGUGAAGUUGUGUCAGAGAUUAAGACCGUCGCCAGUUCUUCCCCAGGCUCCAGCUUUAGAGGAUUCUGGGAGUGAGGCAGCCUGUCUGGAUGAUGGGGAGUCUCAGCAGGAGGAGCAUGGAGAGGAACAGGACCAUCAGGAAUGGUGUGAGCCGGUUUCUGAAGCAGCACAGGACACAAAAGAGGAAUAUUUUGACACACACAGUGACACUUUCUCUGACUCGACUCAUGAAACUAAGGACUGCUGCAGGACUCCACUCAGCCAUGAGACCAGCUCUGUGGGUCAUCAGGACUCACACUCUCCAUUUAUCAAACCCUCACAUUCGGUUAGAGGGAAAGAUCCCUCUUCAUCAGAACAGCAUCAUUCUGUCAAUCAUGCUGACAGAACAGUGGAUAGAGAGCAAUUGCAAAUGCAGACUGGAAAUAUGAGGACGAUGCACAUGGGAGUUGAUGGCACUGGAAUGUCUCAAGCUAAGGGUGCUCCGGAAUGUGAGGAGGUUUUCAGCAAUUUUCCAGCGGGAUCUGGAGUUGAUUCUUCUUCGAGGAAUGACCUAUCCUAUGUACUAACACCUUUACCGGCAUUAGAGAACUCUGUAGAACCACAAACACUCACUGAGCCAUGUGCGAAUGACUCAUUAUUGACCUUAACAGACAAUGAUGGAGCCAAGUUUGCUGACACCUUUGAGGGAAAAUCGAAAUGGGAUCAAAUUAACAAAAAUAUCACAGACACUCAGUCAGAGCCACAAAUACAGCUCAUAACCUCAAGUGAGAAACGGUUACAGCAAAAUGAUAUUGACAGUAGUAACACUGAAAUACAGUUGAUUUCUAAUGCAUCCAUUGCGAAUAGUGCAGAUGAUGAAUGUCAUGAGCUGGGUGUUAAUGAAAAUGAGAUCAGUUUAUCUGUAUCACGUAAUCCUUCUGUGUAUGAGUAUGUAUCAGUUGAGAAGCCUAUUGAACAGAAAGUUGAGGAGUCAACAAAACACAGCCAAUCACAGCCAGUAGAGCACAGCCAAUCACACACUUUAGUAGAGCACAGGAAAUCACAGGCCUUAGCAGAACAUAACCAAUCACAGGAUUCUGUAGAACACAGUAAAUUACAAGACUCAGCAGAACACAGCCAAUCACAGGACUCAAUAGAAGACAUGCCAUCACAAGAUUUUGUUGAACACAGCCAAUCACAGGGCUCAGUAGAACACAGCCAAUCAACAGAUUCUGUAGAAUGCAGCCAAUCACAGAAUUCAGUAGAACACAGCCAAUCACAGGACACACUAGAACACAGCCAAUCAAAAGAUUCUGUAGAAUGCAGCCAAUCACAGAAUUCAGUAGAACACAGCCAAUCACAGGACACACUAGAACACAGCCAAUCAAAAGAUUCUGUAGAAUACAGCCAAUCACAGAAUUCAGUAAAACACAGCCAGUCACAGAACUCAGCAGAACACAGCCAAUCAACAGAUUCUGUAAAAAGUAGGCAGUCACCGAAUUUAGUAGAACACAGGCGAUCACAAGACUCAAUAGAACACAGGCAGUUUCUGGAUUCUGUAGAAUGUAGCCAAUCACAGAAUUCAGUAGAACACAGCCAAUCACAAGACUCAGUAGAACACAGCCAAUCACAAGACUCAGUAGAACACAGCCAGUCUCAGGAUUCUGUAGAAUGUAGCCAAUCACAGAAUUCAGUAGGAUACAGUCAAUCACAAGACUCAGUAGAACACAGACAAUCACAAGACUUAGUAAAAGACAGCCAGUCACAGAGCUCAGUAGAAGACAUGCCAUCCCAAAAUUUCAUCAAACACAGUCAAUCACAGGACCCAGUAGAACACAGCCAAUCACAGCAUUCCAUAGAGCACAGCCAAUCACAGGACUUAGUAGAACACAACCAAUCACAGGACUCAGUAGAACACAACCAAUCACAGGAUUCAGUAAAACACAGGCAGUCACAGAGCUCAGUAGAAGACAUGCCAUCCCAAACUUUAAUCAAACACAUUUCCAUAGAAUACAGCCAAGCACGGAAUUCUGUAGAACAUAGCCAAUCAAAUGAUUCUGUAGAAUGCAGCCAAUCACAAGAUUCAGUAGAACACUGUCAGUCACAUACUACAACAGAACACAGGCAAUUACACAAUUCCAUAGAAUGUAACCAAACACAAGAUUCAGUACAACACGGGAAAUCACAGGAUUUAGCAGAACAAACCCAAUCACAGAAUUCUAUUGAGCACAGCCAAUCGCAAGCUUCAGUGGAACACAGCCAGUCACAGUCUUCAUCAGUAGACACACAAUCACAGGUUGAUUUCACUAGGGCGAAAUCAGUGAACACCCAGUGGACUGUAACCAAGUCAGACUCAGACACAGUGGCUUUCUAUGAAAAGGAACAAUUAAAACAUGACUGUGUGGACGUUUGCAUGGAUUGUGAAGUCAGUCAGUCCUUGAAAACAUCUGGAAGGCUUUCAUCAAAGGAUACUGACAAAGAACUCGAUUUAAACUUCGAAAAGAACAACAGUCUAAAUUUCAAAAAGCAGGACUUAAAUGACACCCCACCUGUUGUUUCUGAAUGCGAGAGCUUUGCAGCUGAAUGCUUUUUCUCAAAUGUGCCUAAUGCAACUUCAGCUGGAGUGUCAGAUUCACUGCAUCAGCAUGUGAUCAAUGACCAGACCUCAGAACAGUCAGAUCUGCAGGCCAGACCUCAUUACGGUCACCAAAAUUUCCCAGUAUUACAAAUGCACACUGAAAAAGAGGAUUACUCAGAUAGUAGUUAUCACAUGGACAGUCAUUGUUUAGAGGACAGCAGGCCUGAGGUGGAUUUUUCUGAAGCCUAUCAGUGCCCUAAUAGUAGAAUUAAUUAUAACACACAAGGUGAAUUCACUGAAGCACAAGUUUAUGUUAACACUAAAACUUCUGAUAGCAAUAAUAGUGACAUUUUAGCAGAAACACAGAAGGAUACAAAAACACAUCACCACAAAGAAUGUACAAUAGUUCCCUCGAUAGAGCAGUCAGUCAUUUAUUCUGAUAGUUCAGGAUGCAUAGAAUAUGUGAGGCCCAAGUCAUUGAGUGUCGCAUGUCCUGACAUGAAGACAGUUGAAGCCGAAACAGACAGUCCUAUCGAAUCUCUGGCUAGUCUGUUUGAGAUUUCCUUUGACAAAUCUCAAGUCAGCCCUACAGAUGUUUGCUUUGAGCUCAGUGAUGGCCUUCAAGUGAACUGUAAACAAGUAGCACAUUGUGUUAUAGAAUAUAAAGAGACCUCCAAACAAUUUCACCAACCCGACACCCUGUCUGACAAACAAGCAAAGCAAAAUGAGUCGGUUAAAACAAUUGAGCCGGAUGUUGAUAUUUUGUCUAGUGCAUGUACUGAUCCUUUUACAAAUACACAAACUCCUUUUGAUUUUUCCCAGCUGAACAGUAGAAACAAUGAAUACAGUUCAGACACAAAUAAUAAUAUUAAAGCCAUUACUUUAGAAGAGUGUGCCUCAGGUGAACAAAUCUCCUUGCCCAGUUCUUUGCAAAAAUACAGCAGGUUUACUAACAAUGCUGGAUCUUUAGUCUCAAAAGGGGGUGAUUGCAAAGACAGUGCCCCUGCUAGCCUGGCUAAAGCACCUGAAAUGAGGACUGCAAUGGGCAACAAAGGCAAUGUUGUGAAACCAUCUGAAUUCAACAAAUGUAGGAGCCAUAGAGAUGUUAUGCUAAAGCAGCUCUGUGAUUGCUGUGGUGGGAAGGAGUGCCAGCUGCACUCGUCUGCAGUGGAGGCAGAGCAGACAGCAGGAGGAUUUCAGUUCAAGGGCACAGACGGCAUCAGUCAGAGCAGAACUGCAGUGUUGCAAACCUUGAGUCCCUCACACACAGAUGACCAUUGCAGCACACAUGGAGAGGUUAAUGCAGACUCUACAAACUGUGAAUUUUCGCAUAUUGGCCAUUUGCUUGAACACAAACAUCCGGAGCUUGUCCAAAUGAGUGGCUUUCUCAAGGUUGAUGAUACUUACGCAUUAGAAAACAUGGAGAGAAAGCUCAAAACUGUCAUAGCACACUCUCCUGAAAGCACUGAUUCAAUAUGUGAAACUUCUGAUCCUCCUUGUGAGCAAUCUCUGCAACCGCACAACUCGGAAAUCGAGGGCGCGUUUGUUACAUGUUGCCGUAUUUUACCCAUCACUAAUUUGGAGGCCAUUUUGGAGUCGGACCGUUCACCGGAAAGCUCAUUUUAUGGACUUGGGGAGCAACAGGAAGGAAGUCCGUUAUCAGAAGGUGGAUUCAAUGAGGAAUGGAGCUCUUCUGAUGAUGUCACAAACCACCCACAUGAGGACAUUUCUGCCAUGCGUACAAAAGCCAUCGUAGCCACUGUCAUGAAUGAACCAGAUGCUGGGGAAACAAUGAGCUCUUUAUCAAAUGGAUUUGAUAGCAGCGAUGGUUAUAGUGUUUCCAGUUUCGUCUCACAAGACCUUGACUCCAGUACCAACAGCGAAGAGACAGAGGACAACACUCAAUCAUCAUCCAGCCUUCGUGGUUCUUCAAGAAGUAAGAGAACCCAGUCCGGGAAGGGCUCUGUGUUUUCUGUCUUUUCUCGAAUGCCCUCCUUCCGCAAGAUCAAACGAGAACACAAAGGGAAUAACAAGGUUGAUCCAGAAAUUAAGGACUCCAAUGAGGAUGGAGACGAACGGAAUGAGGUGAAGUACAACAGGCUGCCCACACGUAACAAAUCCAGCCCUUCACUGUACCGGACCUCUAUUUCUCAAAGUACAGAUCAACUUACAGACAUUACGAAGUUUGUUGACCACUCCAACGAUGAUAUUUUUGAACAAGCUUUUGCUUUAAACUUGCGCAAUAGAGAGAAAUAUACACAGUCCCAAAAUUCGUAUCAUCAGCAGCAGCACAAAGAUGGAGAUGCACUGAAUUUUAGAGCUUCCCCAGAAGGACUGCAACCGAAAAGAAGCAAGAGUACUGAUAACUUAAACUUGCGCAUGAAGCUCGCAAUGGCUCACAAGUCUUUGUCAAGUCUGUUUGAGUCCAAAUAUCCUGAGAGGGACAACCAGGAGCAGAUUUCACAGUCGGAGAACGAGGAGGUAAAAACCAAGCAGUCCUGGAGGAAGUCAAGGAAGCAGAAAGAAGCAGAACUUUGCAAAAGAACUCUAUCGGUUCCUGGGACAGUCUGUGACAAGUGCGUAUAUCAGAGCCAUAGCGAUUGUGCCUUCUGUUCUCCUCAGAACAGGUCCAGACUGAACAGCUCACCAGCUUCCCAAAAGAGUUUGAGGAACACCUGCCAUUCUGAUUUGAAAUCUGGUCCUCAGGAACAAUGUGAAGAUAGCACAUGUCUUGAAGGUGGCGAGCUGCCUUGUACCCCUUACUCAGAUUCUGACCAGGUCUCGGUAGAUGGCUUUGAGUCCUGUGCAGAGGAUAGAUCGCAAUCACCUGUACAACCCACUGUUUCUGCACUUGCAAACCAGAUGUCACCUACCUGGACCAGAUCUUUAAGCUGUUUUGAGACCACUGAUACGCCGACGAGGCCUAUGAGCCCCAAACCUCACAGUCCCGGACUCGGAUGGACACACCGGAGGAGCUUCCGUUACCCAUCGAGAUCUGUUGCAUCUUCUCUCUGCUCGCUCGGUCAGGGAGUGAGCACUGACGGUUUCUCCGAUCCACCUCAGAGACCAACGUCUCUGAAACCAAGGACAGCACAACUCACUACAGCCCACUCUUUUGAUUCCGAGUCCUUACUGGAGGACAGCAGUUCAGACAGUCAGUCUCAAAAUAGCCUGAAUUCAGCAUCCCUCAUCAACAAAUCAGAGCAUGUACAGCACAGUACUGAUCCAGCCAUCCAGUCAGAAGAAAGAAGACAACAAGGAAGUGUGUGUGUUCUUCGGGUGAAGUCCAGAGAGCAGGGUAAAGCUGCGCCCAGACCCAUCUCAGACCUCUACGGUUGGACCUUGCCACUCCAGGGCAUCAGAGAGGUGGCGCUUGACCUGGAGAGGAAGAACAAUUCGACCGAAACGCGUCGGCGCUCGUGCUCAUACGAAACGUUGACUGAUGUGGAGAACUUCCGUAAAAAGAUCCCUAACAUGCAGCAAAGUUUGCGUCAGCUUAGCACACCAACAUCUCAGAAGCACAAGAAAGUGCGUGCUAGAUUUUCCCUAACUUCUCCAGAGCAGUUCCCCUCUGUUCCUCUCAAAGACCACUUCUUUUCCCAAAGCACACCUGUUGGGUUGGACUUUUUGGGCUGGCCUCACCGUGGAUCAUUUUCAGAAUCGAAUCUCAGCACACCAGCACAAGAGGCACAUGGACAGGUCGCUCCUCUGGCCUUGGUGAUAACCGAUGGACCGCAGGAUAAGCCUGGCCUUGCUGAUGAGGUGGGGAGUGAAGAUGACCUGUACAAUGAAUUUCGCAGCUCCUCCAACCGAUUUGGACACCCAGGAGGAGGAGGAGAGCAGCUGGCCAUAAAUGAGCUGAUCAGUGAUGGCAGCGUGUGCGCGGAGGCUCUAUGGGACCACGUCACCAUGGACGACCAGGAGCUGGGCUUCAAAGCUGGAGACGUCAUCGAAGUAGUGGACGCCACAAACAAGGAGUGGUGGUGGGGCCGGGUGCUGGACAGCGAGGGCUGGUUCCCCGCCAGCUUCGUUCGGUUACGGGUGAACCAAGAUGAGCCCAUGGAGGAAUACUUAGCCCAUCUGGACGGGGCCUCGGAGGGGGGUGGGGCCAGCAUGGGGGGCCCCUUAGGGCCUGGUCUGCCCUGCAAGGAGCAGAUGAGAGCCAACGUCAUCAAUGAGAUCAUGAGCACAGAGAGGGAUUACAUCAAACACCUGAAGGACAUCUGUGAGGGCUAUAUAAAACAGUGUCGGAAGAGGACAGACAUGUUUACCGAGGAGCAACUGCGCACUAUCUUCGGGAACAUCGAUGAGCUCUACCGCUUCCAGAAGAAGUUCCUCAAAGCCUUGGAGAAGAAAUUCAACAAAGACCAUCCUCACCUCAGCGAGAUCGGCUCCUGCUUCUUAGAGCAUCAAACAAACUUUCAGAUCUACUCUGAGUAUUGCAACAACCACCCCAAUGCCUGCGUGCAGCUUUCCAAACUGAUGAAGAUCAAGAAGUACGUGUUCUUCUUUGAGGCCUGUCGCCUGCUCCAGAAGAUGAUUGACAUUUCGUUGGAUGGAUUCUUGCUUACUCCUGUUCAGAAGAUCUGCAAGUAUCCUCUGCAGCUGGCUGAACUGCUGAAGUACACCAACCCACAGCACAGAGAUUAUAAGGAUGUGGAAGCUGCCUUAAAUGCAAUGAAGAAUGUGGCCAGACUGAUCAACGAGAGAAAGAGGCGUCUGGAGAAUAUUGACAAAAUUGCUCAUUGGCAAAGCUCCAUAGAGGACUGGGAGGGUGAAGACAUCUUGAGCAGAAGCUCUGAUCUGAUUUUCUCAGGAGACCUGACCAAGAUCUCCCAGCCACAGGCCAAAGGCCAGCAGCGAAUGUUCUUUCUCUUUGACCACCAACUGGUUUUCUGUAAAAAGGAUCUGCUUCGGAGGGACAUCCUGUACUACAAGGGUCGGUUAGACAUGGAUCAGAUGCAAGUGGUGGAUGUAGAGGAUGGGAAGGAUAAGGACUUUAACGUCAGUGUGAAGAAUGCCUUGAAAUUAUGUUCUCCUGGAGGAGAGGAGGUCCACCUCCUGUGUGCCAAGAAACCCGAGCAGAAGCAGCGCUGGCUGCGAGCCUUCGCGGACGAACGGGAACAGGUCCAGCACGACCUCGAAACAGGUUUUACGAUCACAGAGGUCCAGAAGAAGCAGGCCAUGUUGAAUGCAUCUAAAAGUCAUCCAACAGGGAAGCCCAAAGCUGUGACCAGGCCCUACUACGACUUCCUGCUGCGUCAGAAGCACCCCACGCUUCCCACCUCCCUGCCCCAGCAGCAGGUCAUCAUGUUGGCCGAACCCAAACGCAAGACCUCCAAUUUCUGGCACAACAUCGGACGCUUGACACCGUUCAAAAAAUGAGAGACUCGGUACAUCGGCGGUUGUGCCUGAACUCGUGUUUUUAUCCCAGUGUAACAUGUUUAUUUUUAUUGUCCAAUUGCGAAAGCACUUUAUGGGUUGGUUACAAUCACGGCAUCACUCCCAGGCGUUGCGGAACAUCGUGGGAGGGCGUUCCUGCUCUGUUAUUAUUAUUAACGUCGAAGAAGACGGCUACUACUGCUCAACCGCUCCACUUUCCGGCACUAACACGACUACUGCUGCAAGUCAUCGUACGGACACGCUUCAUCGAAAGAGCCCCGCUUGAAGAGAGGACUUCUUUAUAUGUUGGUUAAUUUAUUUUCGAGUUUUCAAUGUAUGCCAGCUAUCCACAGUGCCCAACUACUAGCUUUUGUAUGUAAUUUGAUACUUUUGUGUAACCCAUAAUGAUGAUGAUGAUGUUUGAAGUUUCAAAGGGUUCCGCACAAGACAAAAGUAGACCGUGUUGAGAUUUAUUACUGUAUUAACUUCCUGGAGGCUGCCACCCGAAGUCCGUCGAUAUCAUGUCAGUCUGUGUAUGCAACUAUCAACUCCUCCCAACUUUCUCCUCUCAAACGAAACUUAGACGACGUCCCGUCGGUACUCACCGUUUCAGAUGAGUGUUUCAUGUAUGUGCUCAUUUGAUUCUGCUGCCUAAUGAUUCCUCUGUAACGAACUUCUCUUUGAAGUGCCAUUCCAGACGUAACCCAGAUAUUGUGAUGGGGGUUGCAUGAAUUUGCUGUGAAAACCACAUUUUCAACCCAAAUAAAAUUCUCAAUAUUCUGUCAUUCUGAUAGAUAAUGGUACUAUUAAAUUAAAGACUAUGUUUGACAGUUGUCAAAUAUGUAUGAUUAUCUUUGACCACAAAACAAAGUAUGUUAAUAAAAAGCAUUUGUAAGUGUUAUGAAUCUGA